UAAAGUGAACUGCUGCUUAAGUGCUUUGCUUCGAACUCGCUUGGAAAGUUUCGUAUUUCGUCUUUCAAGACAAGCAGUUCAGUAUAGCAGAAAAUAAAAUCUUGUUUGUGAUAAAAUUGUGAUUUGGCUUUUGAAUUAAUGCUAAAAGUAAUAACACAAUUUGUUAAAAAUAAUUUGUAAUUAAAAUUUUUAUACUUCGGAGUUUGCUCAAUAAAAAAGCAGUCAAGCAAGUAGGAUGGAUCAACUGCGUUUCGACGGUCGUGUGGCGGUGGUAACAGGCGCCGGUGGUGGUUUGGGCAAGGAAUAUGCGCUGCUGCUCGCGUCUAGGGGUGCUAAAGUCGUGGUCAAUGAUCUUGGAGGUGCUAGAGAUGGUCAGGGAAAGUCCAAUUUUGCUGAUGCUGUUGUCAAGGAAAUUAAGGACAAAGGUGGAAUUGCAGUCGCUGACUACAACUCCGUAGUUGAGGGCGAGAAGCUAAUUAAGACGGCCCUCGAUAAUUUCGGCCGUAUUGAUAUCCUUAUCAACAAUGCUGGAAUUCUACGUGAUAAGAGCUUCCAAAAAAUGUCAGAACAGGACUGGGACCUAAUCCAGGCGGUUCACAUGAAAGGCGCGUACAAGACUACACAAGCGGCGUGGGAAGCGUUCAAGAAGCAGAAAUACGGCCGCGUUAUCAUGACCUCCAGCAAUGCAGGUCUUAUUGGAAACUUUGGACAGGCUAACUACAGUGCCGCAAAAAUGGGUCUGGUCGGACUAGCAAGCACAUUGGCCAUCGAAGGCGCUAAGUACGAUAUCAAAGUGAACACCAUAGUCCCUACAGCGGCGUCGCGACUCACCGAGGACAUUCUACCCCCGGACAUGUUCCAGGCGAUGAAGCCGGAACUUAUUGCCCCCGUUGUUGCCUACAUGGUGCACGAAUCAUUUCCUGACAGCGGAGUGAUCAUCGAUUCCACUCUGGGCUUCGCGACUAAAGCUCAUCUCGUCAGAUCAAGUGGAACACCUCUGAGAAAGAAGCCUUCAGAUCCAGUAACUAUUGAAUCAGUGAAGGAGAAAUGGUCUGAAGUGGUCAACAUGAACAAAGCCAAGCACUUUGACAAGAUGGCCGAAGUAACUCUCGAUUUAGUGGAGAAAUUACAGGAAUUUGAGGAACGCAGCAAGUUGGACAGCACUCGGGAGUCUUACUGGACCACAUAUGGCUAUAACUCUAAGGACCUCGUCUGUUACGCUCUUGGCGUGGGUUCAUCCGUUGUGAACCCAACAGACCUCAAGUUCUUGUACGAGAGCCAUGAGGAAUUCACCGCUCUGCCUACAUUCUUCAUUCUACCUGGUAUGGUGAUGGAGUCACCAGUCAUCGGCCAGUCGAUGCCGCCGGGCAAGUUCGCUGAUUUCACCAACAUUCUUCACGGCGAGCAAUACAUCGAGUUCAUCGGGGACUUCCCCGGAAAUGAGGGGGAGUUCACCAUCCGCAACUACGUGGUCGAUGUUCUUGACAAGGGAUCCAGUGCCGUCGCAAUUGUUAACAGUGAGAUCUUCCAGAACAGAGAGCUAGUACUCCGCACGCAGCAACACAUAUUUGUGCUGGGUCAGGGCGGCUUCGGAGGUCCCAGGAACAGUCAACAAGCGAUCGGCGUGGAGAAUGCGCCCAAACGCGCCCCCGACGCUGUCGUCGAGCAGAAAACCGCGGAAGAUCAGGCUGCGUUAUACAGAUUAUCUGGCGACUUGAAUCCACUUCACAUCGAUCCAAAUGUAGCGUCAGCCGGUGGUCACCCCAAACCAAUUCUGCAUGGUUUAGCUUCUCUUGGAUUUUCAGCCAGACACGUACUUGUCAAGUACGCAGGCAACAAUUCUGCAAACUUCAAGGCGUUGAAAGCGCGCUUCGUUAAACCAGUGCUUCCAGGACAAACCCUGGUCACCGAGAUGUGGCUGGAAGGCAAGCGAGUUCACUUCCAGACCAAGAUCAAGGAGACAGGCAAUAUUGUUAUUGCAGGCGCCUAUGUAGACUUGAAGAAUGUCGUCAAAGACGGAGGCCCCGCUGCUCCGAGUUCCCAAUCUGUACAGACUAAGGGAUCUUCGUUGAAGUGUGAUUCCCUGUUCGCCAAGAUAGAGGAGGCAGUCAAGGCCAACCCGGACAAAGCUAAGACUGUCGGAGCCGUCUACCUCUACAAUAUAACUGAAAAUGGAAAAACUAUCAAGCAAUGGACUCUAGAUUUGAAGAAAGACUUGACGGUAUACCAGGGUGAACCAAAGAAUGGCAAAGCCGACACAACCAUGACAGUAUCGGACGAUGAUCUGAUGGAGAUUGCCUCAGGCACCCUCAGUCCUCAAGUUGCCUACUUGAAGGGAAGACUAAAACUCGCUGGCAACAUCAUGUUGGCACAAAAACUGGGGCCUCUCCUGAAGAGUGAUGCUAAAUUAUAAAAUUUCAAAUAUUUUCAAAGGUUGCCAUUUCUAAUGAUAUAAUUUUUUUACAAGUUUUCAAUAACUACACAGGAAUACCAUAUUCCUUAGAACCAAACUUAUAAUCAUUGCAUAUUGUUAUAGGCUGAAUUUGUUUACUCUUUGCUAUGUUGGUUAAUAAAUAAAUUAAACAGUGUUGGUUUGGCCUGGACAAAUGUGACAGCGGAAAUCAGUUGCGCUGACUACCUUACGCAAGUUGAACUUUGGACUUUCAAAUCUAAUAAGUCAAAAUCAUCAUUUUUAAUACUUUGCACCACAAUUAUUAUUUCUAAUGUAAAAAAUACCUGAUCUUGUUAAUAUUUGUUAAAAUUUAGUGCAGCAGAUGACAGCUUUUCCUAAAGGAGAAACUGUAGGCCAUUAACUUCGCAGAUAGUUAUUGCUAAAUUUGUUAGGCUGAGAUCUAUAGAGAAUAAUUUGAUUUUGCUUAGAUUUAAAAUAAUACAGAUUUAUGUUUGAUGUAUAUUUUUUUAAUUGUUACCUAUGUCUUAGCAAAGUUUGAGUAUCCUCUGUAGAUACCAACCUCAGUGAUGAGCCCACAAAGGAAAAUAUUAUGCUUACAUUGUUGAAAUAUUGUAACGAUGUCUAUUGCAUUAAAUGAUUCAGAUUUGAUUUAUUAUUAUUAACUUGGUUGUAGAUAAGGGGCAAAUAUAAUUCUACGCUAUAAAUGUCACAAAAUAUGACUGAGAGUAAGGAGACUAUUUAUGUUAAUACAUUAUGUUGAUAAU